AAAUGAGGGCGGAAGAGGAGGCACAAAAAAUAUUCCACUUGGCAGUAUAUUCUUUACAGUAAGAAAGUCAAUAGUUACAAGAAAUGCUCAAAAAUGUAUGGCUCAGCGAUGAUGCACAUCGGGACAUUAGUAGUUAUUUUUAUACAUUAUGAUCUGAUGUGUUCCUUGAAGGAUGAUGUGAAGAGAAUAACAGCAAAAGAAGGGAACACUGUUACUCUGCAGCCUGAAGUACAUGCACUGGAGAUUGAUGCUCAAAUUCUUUGGUCGUUUAAUCAGAAUAGUAAAGAUCCUAAAAUAGUUAACAGUCAGGUGUUUAAAGGAGAGAUUAAUACAGAAUAUUCAGGGAGACUCAAAGACCGACUGCUGCUGGACAGAAAUACCGGAUCUCUUACCAUCAGAAACAUCACCACCAGAGAGUCUGGGAUAUAUCGCCUUCAUAUAAUUAGUGAACGUAUCUCAUAUUGGCACUUUAACUGUACUGUCUAUGCUCCUGUCUCUGCCCCUAACAUCAGUAGAGGACAUUCUCACUCCAACACCAAAACCGCUAAGAGCCGCACUUGGUCAGGAGCUGAGACCCAGUCCAGCUCCAACACAAGUUGUCAGGUGCUGUGUUCUGCGAAGAAUGACAGGCAGGUGUCCUUAUCCUGGUUCAGAGCGAAUCAACUGAUUAGUCAAACAAGCAGUCCUGAUGUCAACACCACCCUGUCUCUCCGUCUGGAUAUAGAUGAGAAAGACAACACUGUAUAUAGUUGUGUGUCUGCCAAUCCUGUCAGCAAUGACACCACUUAUCUCAACAUCACUGUCAUGUGUAUGAAUCAAAAAGAUCCUUCAAUGUCUAAACGGCAGUAUCCUAUCUUUUUGUUACCACUCGGCCUUUCUGCUACAAUUGCAAUUGUGGCCGUGGGAAUGUGUGUGAAGAAGAAAAGAGAAUAUAAUAUUAGUAGAAGUACAGGUGGGCAUCCCAGUGACUAAUGACUAAUUCUUCUU